ACUUUCAUUUUCACCGAUGGAGACGACCGAGAGCUCCAGAUGCUGGCAGGCGGCCGCAUGAUCAACACCAACUGCUCUGCCGUGCGCACCCGCCAAGCACUGUGCUGUAAAAUGUCAGUGGAAUAUGAUAAGUUCAUAGAAUCUGGACGAAAAUGGUUCUGCCACGUGGACGAUGACAACUACGUGAACCCUGAAAGCCUGCUGCACCUGCUUUCCACCUUCUCUUCCAACCAGGACAUCUACCUGGGGCGACCCAGUCUGGACCACCCCAUCGAGGCCACGGAGAGGGUCCAGGGUGGCCGCACCUCAAACACAGUGAAGUUCUGGUUUGCUACUGGUGGGGCUGGGUUCUGCCUGAGCAGGGGCCUUGCCCUCAAAAUGAGUCCAUGGGCCAGCCUAGGCAGUUUCAUGAGCACAGCCGAGCGGGUACGCCUGCCUGAUGACUGCACAGUGGGCUACAUUGUGGAAGGGCUUCUGGGUGCCCGUCUGCUUCACAGCACCCUGUUCCACUCCCACCUGGAAAACCUGCAGAGACUGCCAUCCGAUGCCGUUCUGCAGCAGGUCACCCUGAGCUAUGGGGGUCCUGAGAACCCACGUAAUGUGGUAAAUGUGGCUGGAAGUUUCAGUAUACAACAGGACCCUACGCGGUUUCAGUCUGUGCACUGCCUUCUCUACCCAGACACCCACUGGUGUCCUGUGAAGAACAGGGGUGAGGUAGCUUUUCGGUAACCGAUGACCCCAGGUGGCUGCUCUACCUGGCUCCCUCAGGCCUUGGACUCAAUCACUCAGCAGCAGAUAAGGCUGCUUGAAGACCUCCCGAGAUCCCUCUUCCAGUUGGACACCAGGUACCUCGGGAAAGUGAGGACAGUGGGCUGCACGCACCAAGAUCAUCAGGAAAAUCGAGAGAGGCAAUGCCGUUGAGCUGCCGAUGCUCCUAGCCCAGCCCGAAGGUCUUCCCAUUGAUAAGGUCUACCACCCUACGCAGUGACUGUGGCCAGGAGGGGACUGGUUCCCAGCCUCCUACAGCUGCAGCUCAUCCUCACCAGGGCGGGCUGGGCAUUAAGGAGUGGGCUCCAGGUCUGGCCACAGACUUCCUAGAGGGCUCACAGGGCCACUGUCCAAACCCAGAAUGUGCAGACUACCUGGCCAGUGGAUGCCUCAAGGCUGUGCUUCCAAGCAGCCCUGCUGUUCUUCCAUUACCUCAACCCUUGGCCUCCCUGAGCUUCCCACAGAUCAACAGCAUAGUGAGAGCCUUUCCUUUAGGCCCCUCAAGAGCAAGACGCAGACCCAGCACCUUUUAUAGAGGUACACUGUGGGGAAGUGGCUACAGUGUCGAGUAAAGGCUUCUCUAUCAUUCUU